UUAAAUUGUCCAAAAUCUGACCAAAUCAAACCCCCACCGCCACAUCAAACACCAGGUAGAUAGGGAGAGAGAUAAACCAAUAGAGGAUUUCAUAAAUCUCGUCGUCAUUACUUUUAGGGUUUCUCUUGUGGAUUGAUCGAUUUUUGGAAAAGCUGAAUCCCCUCAAAAUUUGAUACUUGAGUAAAAACCUCAAAUUUGGCAUUUUUGUGAAAGCAUAUAUGAUUGAGUUCGAUGGAAGAAGAGGAGGAAGAUAUGGUUUUGCUCAGCACUUUAGGUGUUACGUCUGCAAAUCCUGAAGACAUUGAACGUGACAUUUUAGAAAAGGCAGGAAAAAAUGCUGAAGACAAAAGUGAAACUGGAAGGGAUGGAGAUGAGGAGCUUCACAAUCAAACCAAAAGCAACAAAACACUAUCUACUGUUCAUGAAAAUUUGUACAACAAAUUGAGAGCUGUUGAAAUUGAAAUAAAUGCUGUUACAUCUGCUGUUGAACAAUUAGAGAGCUUCAAAAGACAUGAUGAUAUUUUCUCUGAAGGUGAAGACGAAAGGAAGCAGGGACCUGCAGAUAUUGAAAAAGAUUAUCUUGGGGCAUCUCCAAAUGAUGUGACCCUUCAGCAUGCUCUCGCUGCAGAUCGAUUAAGAAGCUUGAUAAAAACAAAGGCUCAACUUGAGAAAGAAAUUUUGGAUUCUUCCAAUGACAUUAAGGAUAACAAGUUGUUAAGAGAUCUUGUCAAGGAAGAGCCUAAAACCACACGAAAGUUGAAGGAGAUUCAGAAAACAAGCAAGAAAAAGAACAAGAACAAAAGGUUGAAAACAGUUUCAUUCGUUGAAGAUGAUGAUUUUGAUGCUGUUCUAAAUGUGGCCUCUACAGGGUUUGUGGAAACAGAAAGGGAUGAGUUAGUUCGGAAAGGAGUUUUAACUCCGUUUCACAGGCUUCAAGGCUUUGAACGCCGUAUAGAGGAACCAGAACCAUCCAGCAGGCACAGGGUAGCUGAAGAUGUAAACAGUAAUAACAAUCUUGCUUCAUCUAGCGUAGAUAGAGCUCUUCGGUCAAUAUCAGAGGCUGCACAAGCUCGCCCCACAACUAAGUUGCUUGAUCCAGAAUCAGUCCCAAAACUUGAGGCUCCCACCCAUCCUUUUCAAAGGCUAAAAGCUCCCUUGAAAAUCUCUCAGUCCCUGGAAACUGAGACAGUGAAGGAUAAAGACGGCAAAAGAAAGAAGAAAAGACCAUUGCCAUCAAAGAAGUGGCGAAGGCUAGCUUCUCGAGAGGAAAACGAAGAAGCUGAUGCAAUCACCUCUAGUUUUGAAGAAGACGAUUUGGAAGCUAUCGAAGAUGUGGAGGAUGAAGGACCCUCAUUUGUGACACUUGAAGGGGGGCUGAGAAUCCCAGAAACAAUUUUUAGCAAGCUUUUUGACUAUCAGAAGGUUGGAGUACAGUGGUUAUGGGAACUACAUUGUCAAAGGGCAGGCGGAAUAAUGGGAGAUGAGAUGGGUCUUGGUAAAACCAUCCAGGUUUUAGCUUUCCUUGGAUCAUUGCAUUUCAGUAGAAUGUACAAACCAAGCAUUGUUAUUUGUCCUGUUACCCUCUUGCGGCAGUGGAAGAGAGAAGCUAUGAAAUGGUAUUCGAGAUUUCAUGUGGAGAUAUUACAUGACUCUGCUCAGGAAAUGACCAGUAAGAAAAAGCGAUCAAAAUCAAAUGAAAGCGAUAAUGAAAGUGAUGAAUCGCUUGAUAGUGAUAGUGAAGGAAAAAUAUCUUCUAAAAGUCCCAAAAGAUGGGACGCUCUGAUAUAUCGUGUUUUGACGUCAGAAUCUGGUCUGCUGAUCACCACUUAUGAACAACUUCGGUUGCUAGGUGAUAAAUUGCUUGAUAUUGAAUGGGGAUAUGCCAUUUUAGAUGAAGGACAUAGGAUUCGAAAUCCAAAUGCUGAAAUCACUCUUGUUUGCAAACAGUUGCAGACUGUUCAUCGUGUAAUAAUGACGGGUGCACCUAUUCAAAACAAACUGUCUGAGUUGUGGUCCUUGUUUGAUUUCGUCUUCCCUGGAAAGCUGGGUGUCUUACCUGUUUUUGAGGCCGAAUUUGCUGUUCCCAUAUCUGUUGGUGGUUAUGCUAAUGCAACUCCUUUGCAAGUUUCUACUGCUUACAGAUGUGCUGUGGUUCUACGUGACUUGAUCAUGCCUUACCUCCUCCGGCGGAUGAAGGCUGAUGUGAAUGCUCAUCUUCCAAAGAAGACUGAACAUGUCCUCUUUUGCAGUCUCACUCCAGGGCAGCGAUCUGUAUAUCGUGCUUUUCUUGCUAGCUCUGAGGUUGAACAAAUUUUUGAUGGAAACAGGAACUCUCUUUAUGGAAUUGAUGUGAUGCGUAAGAUUUGCAACCAUCCUGAUCUACUUGAGAGAGAACAUUCUCAAGGGAAUCCAGACUACGGAAAUCCUGAACGUAGUGGAAAAGUGAAGGUGGUUGCUCAAGUGCUUAAGGUGUGGAAGGAGCAGGGACAUCGUGUUCUUCUUUUUUCACAAACUCAACAGAUGCUUGAUAUUCUUGAGAAUUUUUUGGUUGCUGAUGGAUAUAAUUACAGGAGAAUGGAUGGUCUCACUCCUGUAAAACAGAGAAUGGCUCUGAUAGAUGAAUUUAACAAUUCUGCGGAUGUGUUCGUUUUUAUUUUGACGACGAAGGUUGGUGGUUUGGGAACAAACUUGACUGGUGCCAACAGGGUGAUCAUUUUUGACCCUGACUGGAACCCCUCGACUGAUAUGCAGGCCCGGGAACGUGCUUGGCGUAUUGGUCAAAGAAAGGACGUUACAGUUUAUAGAUUGAUUACUCGUGGAACAAUUGAAGAGAAGGUGUAUCACAGGCAGAUCUACAAACAUUUCCUUACCAAUAAAAUAUUGAAGAAUCCACGUCAGAGAAGAUUUUUCAAAGCUCGUGAUAUGAAGGAUCUUUUCACGUUAAAUGAGGAUGAAAAUGGUCUCUCUACAGAAACAUCUAGUAUUUUUGGUCAGUUGUUGGAAGAAGUAGCUGUUGUAGGGGCCCAAAAAAAUAAACAGGGUAAGCCAGAUUCUGAGAAAGCUUCCAAAUCAAAUCCUAAUGGUUCCACAACUGACUUGGGGCAUAAUUCAGAGGCUAAUGGUGAAGAAACAGCCGGUCCUGGUGAUGUAGAUGAAGAUACAAGCUUUCUGCGGAGUCUUUUUGAUGCUCAUGGGAUUCACAGUGCUGUGAACCAUGACGCCAUCUUGAAUGCUCAUGAUGAAGACAAGACAAAGCUUGAGGAAGAAGCUUCCCAAGUUGCACAGAGAGCUGCUGAAGCACUGCGCCAGUCACGAAUACUUAGAAACCAAGAAAGUAUAACAGUUCCAACCUGGACCGGAAAAUCAGGUGCUGCUGGUGGACCACCAUCUGUCAGAAGGAAAUUUGGGUCAACUGUUAAUUCCCAAUUAGUAACCAAUUCAAGGCCAUUGGAAGACGUACCAAAUAAUGAAGCCAGCAGGCCAUAUCAGAUUACUGCUGGGACAUCGUCAGGUAAAGCAUUGUCCUCAACUGAGUUGCUGGCUAAGAUUAGACAAAACCAAGAAACAGCAGUUGGUGAUGGGCUUGAGCAUCAGUUUGGCAUGGCUUCAACUUCUGGUGGCCGUGAAAGAUCUGCAAGUAAUGGGCCUUCUAGAUCAUCGAACACCUUCGGAUCGCAGCCAGAAGUUUUGAUUCGUCAAAUUUGUACAUUUAUCCAACGGAAAGGUGGAAGCACAGAUUCAGUCAGCAUUGUCGAGCAUUUCAAAGACAGGAUACCAUCAAAAGAUCUACCACUAUUUAAGAAUCUUCUAAAGGAGAUAGCUAUUUUAAAGAAAAACCCUAAUGGGUCCUUUUGGGUUCUGAAGGCGGAGUACCAGGAGCAGUAAACAUUCAAGUAUGAAUUAUUUUUUCCCCUUCUCUAAUUGCAGAACAUAAGGUGCUGUCAUCAUUGUUAUUCACAACUAUUGCUUAACCAGAGGAUCUGCUAUACAGUGCUGUACAGGGUAAAUUUUGCAUGUCGUGGGUACGGUAUCGAUUCGUGUUUGUUUUUUUGAAAAGAUUUAGAAUAGUUGAAAACCUUUUCUUAAGGUGUGCUACAUACAGGUUUGAUAUCUAUGAGAAGCCCCUUGCAAUUUUGCAAUUAAUCGAGUCGUAAUUCCAUCAGUGUAUUGGAGAAAUUGCUAAUGUUAAGCAAUCGCCUCUGAAGUGCAAAUGGUAUUGCCUUCUCUUGCAAAUUGUGGUACCAUGACUUUUGUUUGAAGGCAAGGUCAAGAAUGGUCGUUUAUAACUCUCUAUUUUACCCUUUUUGACAUAGAAGCUUUGGGUCGGCUUAACCCUCAACUCAACGAUCUGUGUAUGGGUAUGUAUUUUCCUGUUGUGUUUAUUUGUCUUCAUAUGCAUACAAAAAUUCAUAGAUAUAACUUUAUGAAUUUAUUUUUAAAUUCUUCCUUUCAA